ACUCAUUCCAAUAUCUCUGAUUGUCAACAAGACAAAAUUAUAACCUCAAAACCAUGUUCAGUGUAAACGUGUGUAUUUACUUCAUUUAACGCACAUUCAUGUUAUUUCCACCCAAAAAUGAAUAAAAUCGCCAGAAAAUACCUUGUGUGGUUUGCACAAGAGCACACCGAGUUUCGUUCCGCGGAGAUCGAUUCCUUACGCGCAAUGCUAAAAACCGACAUGAAACCCUGCGACAACCCAGACACCAACGCCCCCUACUGGAUCGUCGAAUCCGCGUCAGAAACCGACCUCAAACGCCUAGUUAACAGAUCCGUGUCCAUCCGGUCGUGCUUCGAGCUGUGGGCGCACGCCAAAAACAUCGACGAUUUGCACCAAAAGCUGCGAAAUUACCCCAGACACUUGAUGGAGCCCUACUUCCAAAAAGACCUGUCUUUCAAAAUUCAAGUGGAGACGUUUUGCAAGCACUUGACCCAAAAGGAGAAAGUUAACAAGUUGGAAACUUUCAGUUAUCUGCCUAUUAAGGGACCGGUGAAGCUGACUGACCCUGAUGUGUGUUUACAAUACAUUGAGUACUAUGGGACCAACGCGAACGACCCGCCUGAGUUUCCGUACUUCGUGUUUUUUGGGCGAUGGGUGGCUGGCGGAUUGCGAAAUUUAAUGAAGAAAUUGUCCCUCAAAACUAGAAAAUUCAUAGGGAACACGAGCAUGGACCCGCAAUUGUCGCUCCUAAUGGCCAAUCAGGCGCAAGUUAGAAGUGGGGAUAUGGUGUUAGACCCAUUUGUGGGGUCUGGGUCGCUUCUGGUGGCGGCUGCCGAGUUCGGGGGUUACGUCAUAGGUGGCGAUAUUGACUACUUGAUGUUGCACGCACGAACAAGACCGUCGCGAAUCACACAAAAAGAACGUUCAGCCGACGAAAGUAUUAAAGCCAACAUGGACCAAUAUAAUUUACAACACCGCUACCUAGACGUGCUCAUCAACGACUUUGCGCUGUCGUUUUGGCGCGACAACGUCGAAUUUGACUCCAUAAUAACAGACCCGCCUUAUGGAAUUCGGGAAGCCACGGAGCGCGUCGGAACCAAUAAAGAAAACUUCAAGGUGAGCGAAGAGCACCUAUCAUCCCACAUUCCAGCCAAAAUUGAGUACGGAAUUUCCAACAUAUACAAGGACUUGCUAAAUUUUUCCGCCAAACAUCUGCGACUAGGCGGACGCCUUGUCUGCUGGUUUCCCGUUUUCAGAGAGGACUACAAAGAAGAAGGACUUCCAGGUCACCCUUGUUUGGACUUGGUGGCCAACUGUGAGCAAGUUCUGAGCAAAGUUACGUCCAGACGGCUUCUGACGUUUGAAAAAAUCCGUCAACCAGAGGCGUCUGAGCUAAAUCUAGAGUGCAACAUAACGGACUUCCGGGAAAAAUAUUUUAUAGUGCGGGAGGAAACGAGGAAGGAGAGACGGACGAGAGAGGCGCGAGUGCGCAAAGAGAACUGGAUAAAAUCGGGGAAAAACAAAGACAAUUUAAUAAAAUAAAGCGUCAAAAUUUUUACUUUUUAA